UCUCCGAUCCAUUGGGAUGGGUCUAGUAGUGGUUGGCGCGUAAAUUGUAUUGUCGUUUCUGAUCUCUUUCUUUUGUAAGACGUGACCGAUGAGUUCCAAGUUCACGACGGUCUGUAAACCCACCAACCCAAACCCUAACGAAGCCCCAAAGAGGCAGAUUCUUGAUCUCGGUAACGAAAGCGAAGUCGUCUACAUUCCCAGAUUCCUGAGCUUCCACGAUUCUUGGAAUUUUUUCGAUUUCCUCAACAAUGAAAUCCCUUGGACCAGGCCCACCGUUCGUGUUUUCGGACGAUCCUGCCCCCAGCCUAGAGAUACAUGCUAUAUUGCAAGUCCUGGAUUGCCAGAAUUGGUAUACAGUGGAUAUCAGCCACACGCAUAUAGUUGGGAUGAUUUUCCUCCGCUUAAGGACAUUUUAGAGGCCGUUCAUAAAGCGCUUCCUGGGAGUAAUUUCAACAGCCUGCUCUUAAACAGGUAUAAGGGUGGUAAUGACUCUGUUGGUUGGCAUUCUGAUGAUGAGAAGCUUUAUGGGUCGGCUCCUGAAAUCGCUUCGGUCUCCUUUGGAUGUGAACGCGAUUUCCUCUUGAAGAAAAAACCCGGAAAAGUGUCCAUCGAGAGAAGAAAUGAUGAAGAACCAGCGAGUAAGCGUUUAAAGAGAAGCAGCCAUGUUGAUCAGCACUCAUUCACGCUCAAACACGGAUCACUUUUGGUGAUGAGAGGUUACACUCAAAGGGAUUGGCUCCACUCGGUGCCUAAGCGUGCAAAAGCGGAUGCGACCCGAAUCAAUCUUACAUUUAGGCGUGUUGUCUAACGGCUACUGGAAUCAGGGGUGGUGGUAGUUCGUUUCAUUUGUGCUCAUGUUUUUUUGUGUAUCACCUGCUGGUUUGGCUGUAGAGAACGACUGCUUCGUGGCACCGAUACUUGGCUUUUGUUUAGAGGAAUGCCUUUAACACUUGGUACCGGUUGUAUCUUAUUUGUCUAUGUAAUUGAAUUGAAGUUACAAUUUACUCUGUGAUGAUGCAAGUUUUGGCAUUUCUCUGCAGCUGUUGAUGCUGCCUCAGAACUUCCAUUGUUUCUCUGAUAAUUACUGAUCUAAAUUCUCUUGGACCAAUUGGCGAAUUGCAUUUGUGAAAACUGCUCGAGCAAUGUAAAAAAAAGA